AUGGAGGAGAUCCGGGCUGCCAAGUAUCCGGAUAUCAAAGACGAUCACAGCAAAGCAACUGACGAGAAAAUGAUGUCAAUUUAUCUGCAAAGUAUCAACGACAACGGAGAAUCAUGGCCUGAAGAAUUCAUGGAAGACAGAGACGUAACAGAAGCCUGUGGUAGAACCGAUGGAUGCGACUCUGGUGGCUGGAGGAUCAUAGGUCAUGAUAAACUGAUCAAACACGAGGAUACUGGGAAGAUUCUAGGGUUCAAGAAGAUUCUCAAGUUCUGCGGAGAAACAAAAGCGAGAGGUUACAAGAGAACAUGGGUGAUGAAGCAGUACAGGCUCCCGAGUAAGUGGAACCCUAAGCAAGAUCACGUGGUUUGCAAGAUUCAGCUUUUGUUCCAAACCGAGAUCAGUUUCUUGCUAGCCAAGCAUUUCUCGUGCUCAUCAGAUCCGCUUCCUGCAACACAGUCGUUGACAGCUUAUGGAAUCCGUUUAGCCAAUCCACAAGACGAUGGUGCAUAUUAUCUGCAGGUGAUAUUUGAUUCUGGUGGAAACGAAUGGCCUUGCUACGUUACCAACGACGUGUACUGCGUGCAUCCAUCGACGCUUGUGGAUCAUGAAGAUAAGAGGUCUACAGAAUCUGGACUCUGCAUCUUCGCAAACCGGACAGAGGCGUGUGGUUAUACCGAUGGAUGCGAAAGCGGUCGCUGGAGGAUCAUGGAAGAGGAUAAUCCGAUCUUCUCGAUGAGCCGUGAGGUAAUGGGUUACAAGAGGGUUUUCAAGUUUUACGAAGAGGAUAAAGGCAGAUAUUUUGAUAUUGUGGACGGAGAACAAGUGUUGAGAACCUGGAUUAUGGAAGAGUAUAGGCUUGUCGAAGAAGCAAUGAAGGAUAAAGUGUUGUGCGUUAUCAAGCGAGGUCGGAGGUAA